AUUAAUGCAAUCGACUAACUUUGACUCCUACCAACGUGUGGAAUGCUUGUUGUCUAAAAUAAAAAAAGAGAGAACAGAAAAUCACAUUUUUAUAGCUGGUCAAUAUAUAAAUGCGAGGACCCACCAGUGUAGGGAUUUUUCCGCUUUCGCCGUGCGGGGAUGCACCUUAUAUAAAUGCAGUGAAACCACCACACACAUACAACAUAAGCAGAAAACACAGUGUGAAGUUCAAAGCUAGAGAGAAAGCAACACAUAGAGAAAGCAACAGAAAGAGAAAGCAAGGAGAUUCAGAUCAUUCAGAAACAUGAAGGACAUGAUUCUUGAAUCCCUUUUACAAUCAGCAUUCAAAGAGUACUUACUUAAGGAGGUCCCACAAAUCAAUAAGCCUUCUAGAAUAGAAGAGAAGAUCAAUGGGGAAAUCCAAGAGAAUGAAGGAUAUAUGAACCUCGACAUCACCAAGGGUUUCGGGGAGACACGUGUUAAUUUGUCCAAAACAAUUGCUAAAUAUGUGGUGAAACUAAAUCAAAACAAGUCGCGUUGUUUAGGUUUUCCCGUUAAUCAAGAAUUUGACUAUGACGCCUUGAUGCCAUUGUUGCAUUAUCACUUAAACAAUGCUGGUGAUCCAUUUCUUGGGAGCGGCUAUGGUCAAAAUUCAGUAGAAUUUGAAGUUUGUGUGCUUGAUUGGUUCGCCAAACUAUGGCAGAUAGAGAAGGGUGAGUAUUGGGGAUACGUUACCACAGGUGGUACUGAAGGAAAUUUACAUGGGAUUUUAAUGGGGAGGGAAAAAUUUCAAGAUGGAAUUUUAUAUACAUCACACAACUCGCAUUAUUCAUUAUUCAAAAUAGCAAGGAUGUACAGAAUGCAAUGUGUAAAGGUCAAUACGUUGGUCUCGGGUGAGAUUGAUUGUGCUAAUUUAAAGGCUUUACUUUUAUCUCACAAGGACAAACCCGCCAUCAUCAACCUAAACAUAGGAACAACUAUGAAAGGAGCAAUUGAUGACAUUGAUCUUGUGAUUCAAACACUUGAGGAAAGUGGCUUCCCUCAUGAUCGAUUCUAUAUUCACUGUGAUGGAGCUCUAUCUGGAAUAAUGUUGCCAUUUCUGAAACAAGCUCCAAGGAUUAACUUCAAGAAGCCUAUCGGAAGUAUAUCUAUUUCUGGCCACAAGUUCUUAGGAUGCCCAAUUCCUUGUGGUGUUGUAAUAACACGUACAGAACAUGUCAAUGCACUAGCUAGAGAUGUUGAAUACAUUGAAUCGAGGGAUGUCACAAUCACAGGUAGCCGUUGUGGGCUUGCUUCAAUCUUCCUCUGGUAUGCACUCCAAGAAAGAGGUUUAAUAGGACUUAAGAGGGAAGCACAAAUGUGCAUCACAAAAGCAUGUCACUUACUGGACAAACUACAUGACAAUGAUAUUGGUGCAAUGCGAAAUGAGUUUAGUAAUACCGUUGUGUUUGAAAGGCCUCCAGAUGAUGACUUUGUACGAAAAUGGAAUUUGUCUUGUGAAGGAAAUGUUGCACAUGUGGUUGUGAUGCAGCACGUCACUAUUGAAAUGCUGGACUCAUUUGUUAGUGAACUGGUUACAAAGCGAUCCUUUUGGUUUCAAGGUGGACAAAGAAAGCCUCCUUGCAUCGCAGACAAUGUUGGUGGGAAAAAUUGUGCUUGUACAUUGCAUAAUUCAUUUGACAAAGGGAGGGCUGCACUGAAUAACACAAAUGUGAUCCAUGCUAUUAUAACUGACAAAAUGGAUGUAAUCGUCAAUUGUUAAACUCUACAAGGAUUCAUAGAUAAAAUGGUUAUAACCAUAAGUUACAUGUAUGUAUUUCACCUAUUGUAUUGAAUAUUCUACAUUAAAUACCAAUUUUUCAAUAAUAACAAUAGCCUUAUUUUGAAGUUA